UUUUUUCUUUCGAACCUUUUUCUAAUAGUUUCUUGUAUUCUUGAGCAGUCGGUGAUCUAAACCAUCUGAUUUCUGCAACGAUGUCCGGCGUAACCUGCUGUUUGCGAUUCCCGGGACAGCUCAACUCAGAUCUCCGAAAGCUUGCCGUCAAUCUCAUCCCAUUUCCUCGUCUCCACUUCUUCAUGGUGGGUUUCGCUCCCCUCACUUCCCGUGGAUCUCAGCAAUACAGAGCUUUGACCGUGCCUGAGCUCACUCAGCAAAUGUGGGACGCCAAGAACAUGAUGUGUGCUGCUGAUCCCCGACACGGCCGUUAUCUUACUGCCUCGGCUAUGUUCAGGGGUAAGAUGAGCACCAAGGAGGUCGAUGAGCAGAUGAUCAAUGUCCAGAACAAGAACUCUUCCUACUUCGUUGAAUGGAUCCCCAACAAUGUGAAAUCCACCGUCUGUGACAUUCCCCCAACUGGGUUGAAAAUGGCAUCGACGUUCAUCGGUAAUUCAACAUCAAUCCAGGAGAUGUUCCGCCGAGUCAGUGAGCAGUUCACAGCUAUGUUUAGGAGGAAGGCUUUCUUGCAUUGGUACACAGGGGAGGGUAUGGAUGAGAUGGAGUUUACUGAGGCCGAAAGCAAUAUGAAUGAUCUGGUGUCUGAGUAUCAGCAAUACCAAGAUGCUACAGCUGAUGAAGAUGAUUACUACGACGAAGAUGAGGUUGAGGAACAGGAGGAAUGAAGGGACGUAUAGGGUGUUUGGACUUUCAAUUGCCAGUCUCUGGCAAGGAAGUGGUUGGAUUUUAUUAGGCCUAAAUGAAUUCUCAUAGCUGUAGAAUGUAGUUUAGGCCAUAAUAUCGUCAAUUAAGAUUUGCUUUCCCUUUUUGGUUCUUAAUUGUGUCAUCUGGAUAAUGGAACAUGAAGAAUAUCAGUUACAUAUAUGCGGUUGUGUAAUUUGUUAUCCUGCAAGUUUUCUCAGUUGAAAAUAUUUUCAGGUUUAUGUUCUUCCUUUCACA